AUGACACCGGCCGAGAAGCCAGAUUCGUCGGCCCUGGAAGCCGACGACGUGGCAAUCGCCGAGCGCUACACCGUAUGGAGCGAGCGCAAACGCCGAGUCGUAUCCUUCAUGCUCGGCUACCUCUGCCUCGCCUCCUCCCUCACCAGCACCAUCUACUUCCCCUUUCGGGAUACUGCCGGCGAUAUGGUCGCCGCUCUCGGACACGUGGGGGGCCGGCGGCCCUUCUACCUAGCUGCCUUUGGCAUCUUGACCGCCGCGUCGCUCGGCCUCUCCACUGCGGGCGGCGAAUUUGUAAUGCCGAAUUCAUUAGCCUCCCUACGGAUCGUGUUUUACGCAGACGCCGUUCUCGUGCUCUGUCUGUCUGUGUAUUUUGCCGGCCUAUUCUUCUGCACCCAGACUUCAAUAUCCCUCUUUGCUACCAUACACGGGUUCAAUCCUGAUCAAGUCGGUUUGUGCUUCCUGCCCGGGGCAGGCGGGUCCUCGUCGGCUUCGUGGCCGGCCGCCCUUAUGGACCACAACUACCGCCGCGUGGCAAUGGAGGCCGGCUUCCCAAUCGGCCGCAUCCGUGGACAAAUUCCCCAUCGAGAGAGCGCGCACACGGGGUUCGGUCACUAUCAUAAUUGGCCCGGCCGCGCCGCUCUUCUUUCGGGGCCUCCUCGGACUUAAAUGUGCCGUCAUGCACCAAAUUUACGAACCCCCUGAUCGUUGACAUCUUCCCCAAACGGCCGGGC